CUUACUAUUUGUUGGCUGGGGGUGCCACCACGUCUUUAAAGAGACCAGUUUAUUCCAUUUGCAUCCAGAAUCUCUCCAGUUCUCUAUCUUAUAAACCAUGAACCAAAAAAUCCUCUCUGAAAAAACCAUGAACCCCAUCACAAUCUCUCUCAAAACCUGUCAACCACAACACAAUCCGGUCCCAAUUGGAAGAAAGCUUUAAGCCCAGAAAAAGUUAGGUUUCAUGGGUUUUGUUUAGGUUUAAUCUAAAAGCUGCUUCGGAGCCCUCUGUACCCUAGAAGCUGCUUCGAAGAUCUAAUCUUUCAGUGAUGACCAGUUGAUCUCCAAAAAGUGUUGAGUGAUUCUCAUCUUUCAGCCUUCAACUUUUUUUUUUAAAAUUUUCUUUUUUGCCAAAAACAUAAAUAGGCUUUAAAGUCUUUGUUUUAGAUUUGUGAAAUGUGGAGAACUUUGCAAAUUGCAGUUUCUUGGUGCCUGACUUUGAUCUUUUGGAAUAGUCUGUUUAGGGUGAAGGGAAAUGGGCUUAAAGGUAGGUAAUCGGAGCUACGGCUGAAGCACGAAGAGACAAGACAGGUUGAGUUGAAGGCAAAGGCUCAAGCUAUGCGGCAAUGAAACCCGAAUUAAAGCAGUAAUCGGAGCCACGGGUGAAGCACGAAGAGACAAGACAGGUUGAGUUGAAGGCAAAGGCUCAAGCUAUGCGGCAAUGAAACCCGAAUUAAAGCAAUUGGAUACAUUGAGGAGUUACUCAUCUCUAUCUGGUGAAAAGGAAUUAUAAGAACUCAUGAAAGUGGCCAUGAUGUUUGAGGAAAAGAUCUGUACUUCUGCCCCCAUCCAGUGAAAUUAUCUAUAGAAAUUUCUCUAAAGAUGCUUACAAUGGAGGGACACUAAUUCAGAACACAGUGGGCAAGUCUUUACAAGUUAAUUCUGCCGCAAAACUCAAUUCCAUUUGCAAAGAAGAGAUCGAUCAUGGCGCUAAUGGUGGUAGGUGGAGCCGCUCUCUCGGGUUUCUUCCAGCAAGUAUUUGUCAAGUUGGAUUCUCAGGAGGUCAAGAACUUCAUCAGAGGAAAGAAACAGACAGAUGGGUUGCUGAAGAAGUUGAGGAUCGAGUUGAUGUCUGUCAGUGCUGUUUAUGAUGAUGCCGAGCAAAAGCAAUUAAGUAACCCAGUUGUGAAGCAGUGGCUGCAUGAGCUUAAAGAGGCAGUCUUUCAUGCUGAGGACUUACUGGACGAGAUCAAGACAGAGGCGUUAAGGCGAAAAAUGGAAGCUGAAUUUGGAAGUAGCACUAGCAAGGUACAAGACCUCAUCUCUGCUUCUUUCCAUGCUUUUGAUGAGUCUAUAGACACCAAGAUAGAGGAAAUUCUUGAGACGCUAAGCUUCAUUUCAAAACAAAAAGAUGCCUUUGGUUUGAAAGAACGCUGUAGUCGCAGAAUCUCACAAACAUGGCCUUCAACUUCUUUAGUAGAAGGCUCUAAUGUGUACGGAAGAGAUCAUGAGAAGGAAACCAUCAUUCAAUUGUUGCUAUCAGAUGAUGUUACUUGUAAUAAGAUUGGCGUCAUUCCCAUCGUGGGCAUGGGUGGGAUCGGAAAGACCACUCUUGCUCAGCUUUUAUACAAUGAUGAUAGUGUGAAGCAGCAUUUUGAGCUCCAGGCAUGGGUUUGUGGUUCUGAUGAAUUUGACGUUGUUAAGAUCACUCAAACAAUUUAUGCAUCAGUCACUUCACAAAGCUGUGAUACCACAGACCUAAACGAGCUUCAAGUCAAACUCAAAGAUGCUUUGGCGGGGAAGAAGUUUCUUUUUGUUCUUGAUGACGUUUGGAACGAGAAUUACAAUAUUUGGGAUUCCUUAAAACGCCCCUUCGAGUCUGGAGUUCAUGGAAGUAAGAUCAUUGUUACCGCAAGGAAUGGUGGUGUUGCAUCUACGAUGUGUACUCUUCAAACCCACUAUUUAAAGCACUUACUUGAGGAAGACUGUUGGUCUUUAUUUGCAAAACAUGCCUUCAAAGAUGCAAGUGUUAUUGUAGAUCCAAAUCUUGAGGUAAUUGGAAGACAAAUUGUUAGCAAGUGUAAAGGCCUUCCCUUAGCUGCAAAAUCUCUUGGUGGUCUCUUACGCUCUGAACCAAAUGUGGAGGAAUGGGAAAAUGUGCUAAAAAGUGACAUAUGGGAGUUGUCAGACGCAAAGAUUGAAAUUAUGCCGGCUCUAUGGUUAAGCUACAAGUACUUGUCUCCGGAGUUGAAGCAUUGUUUUGCUUAUUGUUCGACAUUUCCCAAAGAUUAUGUAUUUGACAAGUCUGAAUUAAUUUUGUUGUGGAUGGCCGAAGAUCUUUUACAACACCAAAAGAAGACCAGGUUGGAAGAUGUUGGAAAGAAAUACUUUGAUGAUCUAAUCUCACGGUCAUUUUUUCAAUACUCGUUUUCAAAUGAUUGUUUCAUCAUGCAUGAUCUGAUGCAUGAUUUGGCGACUUACGUAUCUGGAGAAUUUUGCAUUAGAUUGGGAGACCACGACUUCUCAUUGGACGUUGUGGGCAAGGGUCGCCAUUUUUCUUAUAUGCAAUAUUCAUCUAAUGUUGAUUAUGAGAGAUUUGACACUAUUUAUGAAGCUAAGUAUCUGCGCACCUUCAUUCUUGGCGAUCUCUAUUCAUUGCCGACAGUGCGACUUGAUCACCUUUUAAUGCUACAGUGUUUAAGAGUUGUCAAACUCCGAGGGAAUGAUAUCAGCGAGUUGCCUGAUUCGAUUAGCAACUUGAAGCAUCUACGGUACCUCGACUUGUGUUACACUCCAAUCCAUAAAUUACCAGACGCAGUAUGCAUUUUGUAUGAUUUACAAACAUUGUUGGUGUCGAAUUGUAGAUAUCUAGCUGAGUUGCCCACCUUUUUGAGAAGACUUAUCCACUUGCGCCAUCUUGAUUUCAGAGGUACAAAAAUAAAAAAGAUGCCCCCCCACAUGGGCAAGUUGAAAGAUCUCCAAACAUUUGGGGGUGAGUUUGUCUUGAGCAAAGAUGUCGGGGGAAACAUUGAUGAGUUAAAGGGGUUUCAGCAUUUGAGGGGAAAUCUUCAUAUUUCAGGGCUUCAAAAUAUCACACGUGCUGAAGAUGCUUUGGAGGCCAAACUAAGGGACAAGAAGCUCAGUGAAAUACGUUUGAAAUGGGAAGAUGACACUAUUGAUUCUCAAAACCAUAAUCAAGUGCUGGGCAACCUACAGCCCAAUACAAACCUAAAAGUACUGGCUAUAGAAGGAUACGGAGGUACAAAGUUUCCAGGUUGGUUAGGAGAUGAGUCUUUCUCUAAUCUUGUCACUCUCCGACUUGAGACUUGUGGAUAUUGUUUCUCCCUGCCAGCAUUGGGGCAGCUACCGUCCCUCAAAAGGCUUGAAAUUUAUCGGUUGAAUGGAGUGGAAUCAGUGGGGUCUCAGUUUUAUGGGGGAAUUAAACCUGCAUUUAAAUCUCUGGAGUUUCUAAGUUUCCGCAGUAUGCAGGAAUGGCAAGAGUGGUGUUUCCCUGGAGGUGAAGAAGAAGAAGGCGGACAUUUUCCUAAUCUUUGCGAGCUUCGUCUGCAUUGUUGUCCCAAACUAACGGGGAAAAUACCGUUUGACUACUUCCCAAGACUUGAGCGGCUAAUUUUGCAGGAAGUUAAUAUCGAAUCCCUUGCUUGUUCGCAUGAAUGCAAUAAAUUCAAUAUUGAACUCCCAUUCCUCCGUGAGUUGGAAAUAUCAGAUUGCCCGAAUCUGGUAUGUUUUGUGGGUGGUAGAGUGCUGCUUGCGCCCAACUUGAAGGAGAUAUCUAUGUGCCGUUUUAAAAACUUGUGGUCAGUGCCAGAAGAUAUGCAAAUGUCGCUCCCAUCUCUUCCGUCUCUGUCCAUAGAAGGGUGUAAAGAAUUUAAAUCAUUUCCGGAAGAAUCUAAAUUCCCAUCCCUCGAUGAUUUGAAGAUAAUGGAGUGCCCAGAAUUUGUGGGUUUCCCCCAUGGAGGAGGACUGGAAGCACCCAAUUUGAAGACGAUGGAAAUCAAAGAAUGUAACAAAUUCAGGUCACUGCCAGCGGAGAUGCACGCCUCUCUCCUGUCUCUUCAGUCUCUGUCCAUAAUGUUUUGCAAAGAAUUUAGAUCAUUUCCGGAAGAAUCUAAAUUCUCAUCCCCCUUUGAUUUGAAGAUAAAGGAGUGCCCAAAAUUUGUGGGUUUCCACCAUGAAGGAGGCCUGCAAGCGCUCAACUUGAAGACGAUGGAAAUCAAAGAAUGUAACAAAUUCAGGUCAUGUCCGGAGGAGAUGCACACCUCUCUCCCGUCUCUUCAGUCUCUGUCCAUAGAAGGGUGUAAAGAAUUUAAAUCAUUUCCGGAAGAAUCUAAAUUCCCAUCCCUCUAUUAUUUGAAGAUAAAGGAGUGCCCAGAAUUUGUGGGUUUCCCCCAUGGAGGACUGCAAGCGCCCAACUUGAAGGAGAUGGAAAUCUAUGAAUGUAACAAAUUCGGGUCACUGCCAGAGAAGAUGCACGCCUCUCUCCCGUCUCUUCAGUUUCUGUCCAUAGAAAGGUGUAAAGAAUUUAAAUCAUUUCCGGAAGAAACAAAAUUCUCAUUCCUCUAUUAUUUGAAGAUAAAGGAGUGCACAGAAUUUGUGGGUGGAGGGGGACUGCAAGCGCCCAACUUGAAUACGAUGGAAAUCGAAGAAUGUAACAAAUUGAGGUCACUCCCAUCUCUCCGGUCUUUGAUCAUACGGGAUUGCCCAGAAUUGGAAUCAUUUCCGGAAGGGGGAUUGCCGUCUAAAUUGCGUUACCUCGGUAUCCGGAGUUGUAAAAAACUGAUGGCAAACCGUAUGCGGUGGGGUCUACAAACACUCACCUCUCUCAAAUACUUGGAUGUCGACUUCUCAAAAUGUGAAGAAGAAGAAAUUGGCGAAUCAUUUCCAGAAGAGGGGCUGCUGCCAACCACUCUCACUUCUCUCAGAAUCUCCGAUCAUCCGAAUCUGAAAACCAUUGACGGCAAGGCGUUAAGACACCUCAUCUCUCUCGAGACGUUGAAGAUUUCUUUUUGUCCUCGACUCCAGAGCUUGCCAGAUGAAGGGCUACCCACUUCUCUUUCUCGUCUAGAUAUCUUCAAGUGUGAUUUCCAAAUCGGUUAGGAGAUGACCCGUUCGUUCUCUCAUCUUGUUACUCUUCGACUUAUGGAUUGUGAAUAUUGUUUUUCAAUGGCAGCAUUGGCACAGUUACCAUCUCUCGGAAGGCUUGAAAUUGAUGGGUUAAAUGGAGUGGAAUUGUCUCAGCGUUGGUUCUACUCUCCCUCUUUUCUUACUGUGCCUUAUGGUGGUUCUAUAGUACCACAAUUUGUUGUAUUCAACAAGUUUAUGAGCUCUAGUUUCCGAAUUUCUUUUUUCAAGUUUGUUUCCAAAUUAUGUCUAUAGAGCGGUAGAUUUUGGUACUUUGUGGAAUUCGAAUUCAAACGUUUGGUUUGUAAAAUAUGGAUGAUGAUUUCGUUUCUGUGGAAUUGUGAAUCUAUGAUCAUGCAUGAAUGUUGUAAGAACAGAGUAUCGAAAACCCUCUGUUGUUUA